AAAAUACCUAUUGCCCCUUCUUGCGUAUUCCUCCCUCCAAUCACUAAAAAGUAUCGACAUGUCAUCUUUUUCCUUGACGGGUGCCCUGCUUGCCUCCGACGAUGAUGGCUACCGGCGAGCGACCCAGUCCCAGUUCCUCCGACUCGCUGCCAAUGGUCAGGCUUCAAAAGAGAUAUUGGGCAGAUGGCUCGCAAAUGACCGACUCUACAUCCACAGCUAUAUCCGCGGCAUCGGUCGCCUAAUAAGCUUCCUUCAAUUCCCAGACACGGUGCCUGAUUCAGCGGACAAUUCAGGCUCCACCACCAAGCUUCUUGACUGGCUCGUCGGCGCCUUGGUCAACAUCAGACGCGAGGAGAAGUUCUUCGUUAAGACAGCCGCGCAAUACGGCAUCGAGAUCAAUCUGGAGACCGAUCAUGACGGUCGGGUACCCCAAAAUGCUAAACUCGAAGGGCUACAGCGCUGGGAGGCCCUUUUUGACUCGCUCGCCCCUGAAAGCGGCCAUGAACUACCGUGGCUAGAAGCUGCCGUGGUAUAUUGGGGGACGGAAAAGUGUUACCUGGAUGCUUGGUCUUGGGCAAAAGCGCAGCUUACCGUGCAGGAAGACGCCAGCAAGGAUAAAGAUGGAGGCGCACUCAGAAAUGAGUUCAUCGACAACUGGACUAGCAAGGAGUUUUCCAAGUUCGUGGAUGAGUUGGGAACCAUUAUUAACGAAGUUGUGCAGGAGCAAGUCGAGAAAAGAGGGGAGAGCGCCAAACAUGAGUUGUUUAAACGAGCAGAGGCCAAGUGGGUGGAAAUUCUCAUCGCCGAAACAGCAUUCUGGCCAAACUUGUAGUUUUUUUUUAUGACAAUUGAACCUACCCCAUAAGAGUGAUUUACUUCUUCA